UUUCUUUUAAUAUUUGUAGAGGUUUUGAUUAAUUAAUUGAUCGGAAAUGAAGUGUUAGGUAGGUGAAGAGGCUAGCUAUUAUAAGAAGAGGCGGUUCGAUGAUACUGAUCUGUCUCUCUGUCUCUCUUUUCUGUUGCUUAUUUGAUAGUGAGAGAGAUUGUAGAUCAGUAGCAGUCUGAGGUUCAGUUUAUAUCAUUAUCACCAUCAUCAACAACAUCAAAGCUAAAGCAAAGUUAACCCAAACAAUCAUGGCUUCACCAAACAGACACUGGCCCAGCAUGUUCAAGUCCAAGCCCUGCAACAAUAUCCAGCACAACCAAUGGCAACAUCAUCAACAUGAUCUCAACAACUCUCCCCUUAUCUCAUCUACUAAUUGCCACAGAUCACCUUACUCCUCUGCAGUGGGAGUAUGUGAAGAGAGAAGCCCGGAGCCAAAACCUAGAUGGAAUCCGAAGCCUGAACAAAUUCGGAUCCUGGAAGCCAUAUUCAACUCUGGAAUGGUUAACCCUCCCCGUGAUGAGAUUCGAAAGAUCCGAGGCCAACUCCAAGAAUACGGUCAAGUUGGCGAUGCCAAUGUCUUCUAUUGGUUCCAAAACCGGAAAUCUCGUAGCAAACACAAGCAACGCCACCAAGUUAACAACUCGAGGUCGAUUCCCGCCGCUGCCACUCCUCCUCCUCUUCCUCCUCCGGUUUCUUCAUCAGCAGAGAAUGUGGUGGCGGCACCGGUUAGCAACACGCCAGAUGGACCGGUGGUUGGGGGGCAGUCUAAUAUGUUUUAUGAACCUCUAAUGCCUUUCGAACCAUUCCUUUUUCCUGUUCAACAGGUUUCAAGUGGGACAAAUGUUACAUGCACUAGUACUGGUGCAGUUUUCGGGCAAGGGUUUGGGUUGUCUCAUCAUGAGAUGAUGAACAAUGCUGGUUUGGUCAAUGUGGCAGAGGAUCCAACGGCUGUGAAUUGUUCAGGGAUUCUGAUGAAUGAUGAGCAGCAGCAUCAGAUGAUUAUGAGUGAAAAGAAAAUGGAGGAAGAAGAGAAACUGAUGAAGGUGAUGAGUUAUUCUACUUUCUCCAGCAGUAGUUCUCCUUUGCUUGCCUCUUCUACUGCUUCUUCAGUUGUCACUGCUGCUGCUGUCACUGCUCCAUCCUCUUUCAAUCACAUUUUAGGGAUGGAAAAUGAAUCUGGGCCACCAAUGGUUAGAUACACUGUGUUCAUUAACGAUGUGGCUUUUGAGGUAGCACUGGCACCUCUUAACGUGAGAGAGGCAUUUGGAGACGAUGCAGUUCUGUUCAACUCCUCGGGCCAGCCAGUUCUAACUGAUGACUGGGGAGUCACGUUGCAGCCAUUGCAACAUGGAUGUCUCUACUAUCUUUUGCGCGCUUUAAUAAGUUAA